AUGGGAGUUAAGCAAAAGCCAACACAAUCGACACCAGCUAAUGGCUUAAACCAGCCAAGUGAAAAAGAUAGAGAGCGUGAAAAGAGAAGACGUGCAGCAGAAACCAAUGUUGGGAAAGAGUUCCAAACUCUUGACUUUAAUUCAAUGGAUAUCUCUGUGCUUCGUAAAUAUGCUCGAGUUCACAAGAUCAAAAUCAAAAGCAAAGGAAAUAAAGAAGAGUUGGCAGCUUGCGUCUCUCGUCAUUUUGCUAACCAAACCGUUAAAGAACUUGAUACAAUCACUUGCUUUUUAUAUACCGCACACUACAAGGGUAAAAUUUAA